GAACUUACCACCAGGAUCACUGAGCUGCUGAGCGGAGAGGUUCCUAUAAGGUGUCAGGAUGUCGCUGUCUAUUUCUCCAUAGAGGAGUGGGAGUAUUUAGAAGAACAUAAGGAUCUGUACAAGGACGCCAUGAUGGAGAAUCACCAGUCCCUCAUAUCACCGGAUGGAUCCAGUCAGAGAAAUCCACCAGAGAGAUGUCCCAGUCCUCAGUAUUCCCAGGACUGUCCAGAGGAGAAACCAAAUAUCCCACUGGAUCAUCAGGAAAGUUCUGGUGAAAUGACGAGCAGACUUGAAAAACCCAUCUCGGUGUCUGUGAAAGUGGAAGACGGGAUGAGCGACUUCUAUGGACAUCUCCAUUUAUCUUCCCAUCAUGAAGCAGAAGAUAACAAUACCACACAAGAUGAUUCAAUAACUCCUAAUGUACCCUCAGUCCUUCACAGCAGAGAUCUAUCCACUGAUACCGCUGGUCACAAGAAACCUUCAUCUAAGCAAUUACUGAUUGGUAAAACAAGAACUAAUCAGAAAUGUGGGAACAUUUUUUCUAGUGAGAAACGUAAAAAGAAAUCGAAUCUUUUUUUGCAUGAGAGCAAUUGCAGAGAUAACGGGUCAUUUUCAUGCUCAGAAUGUGGAAAAUCUUUUAGCAUGAAAUCCAUUCUAGUUAGACAUCAGAGAACUCACACAGGGGAGAAGCCAUAUUCAUGUCCUGAAUGUGGGAAAUGCUUUAAUCAGCAAUCAAGUUUUAUUCAGCAUCAGAGAACUCACACAGGGGAGAAACCAUUUUCAUGUCUUGAAUGUGGAAAGUGCUUUAGUCAUAAAUCGUCUCUUGCUACACAUCAGAGAACUCACACAGGGGAGAAGCCAUUUUCAUGUACUGAAUGUCGAAAGUGCUUUAUUCAGAAAUCAAAUCUUUUUGCACAUCAGAGAACUCACACAGGGGAGAAGCCAUUUUCAUGUCUUGAAUGUGGAAAAUCUUUUAGCAUGAAAUCCAUUCUACUUGCACAUCAGACAACUCAUACAGGGGAGAAGCCAUAUUCAUGUCCUAAGUGUGGGAAAUGCUUUAAUCAGCAAUCAAGUUUUAUUGUGCAUCAGAAAACUCACACAGGGGAGAAGCCAUUUUCAUGUCUUGAAUGUGGAAAGUGCUUUAGUCGGAAAUCGCAUCUUGUUUCACAUCAGAAAACUCACACAGGGGAGAAGCCAUUUUCAUGUCUUGAAUGUGGAAAAUCUUUUAUUCAUAAAUUCAUUCUAGUUGCACAUCAGAGAACUCAUACAGGGGAGAAGCCAUAUUCAUGUCCUGAAUGUGGGAAAUGCUUUAAUCAACAAUCAAGUUUUAAUCUGCAUCAGAGAACUCACACAGGGGAGAAGCCAUUUUCAUGCCUUGAAUGUGGAAAGUGCUUUAAUACUAAAUCACAUCUUGCUACACAUCAGAGAACUCACACAGGGGAGAAGCCAUUUUCAUGUUUUGAAUGUGGGAAGUCUUUUAUUCAGAAAUCAAAUCUUGCUAAACACGAGAGAAUUCACUUAGAAGAGAAGCCAUUGUAAUGCUCAGAUUGUAAGAGAUGUGGAGCUUCAUUGUGAGACCUGCUGCCUAAUCAUGUCUUCUGUAUAACUUAAAACGGUUGUCCAGUUUCGCAUAUUAAUGACCUAUCCUCAGGAAAGUGAGUCGACCAGUAUGCACCGACAUUGAGAACAUGUAGAAGAGAUCUAGGAACAGAUUUCAGUCGAGACAUGCUUGAAUUUGAUCGCUAGCGUGUCCAGUACUGACAGAUUGCAGAAGGAGAGACAUUGCUACUCUCUCCCUGUUAACUGUGCAUGGCUCCAGAGGCAGGGUAUCAUGGACAUCUUUGCAUGUGAUCAAACCCCCUUCCACCAUCAAUCAGACAGCAUACUUGCAAAACGGUUAAAAGGAACUCUAUUGGCAAUAUUGAACCUAUGAGGUCUGGACUAAAGGAAAUGCAGCCAGUGGGGAUGCUGUAUGUGGUCCUGAAGCGAAGUGAGCCAGGCUCGGACUGGCCCACAGAGGUACAGAUGAAUCCACCGGUGGGCCCCUGAGCAAGGUGGGCCCCUAGUCUUCCACCCCUUGCACAAUUGGCACAUAACACAGUAGACUUGCUGCACUACAUACAUAUAUUCAAUGUACAGCAUCUCAUCCAGCCUAUGUUCAUAUAACAAACUUCAUAGAUAAUUAAAUAAACUCCCCUUCUAGGUGUAGAGGAAAGCUAGCCAGUAUCCUCUUUUCCCCAGGACCUACCUUCUCAAAGUUGAUGCAGGGACCCCCAUAUUCAACCAUCUGGUAGCAUCUUGCUGCUGUGUGAGAAGGUAGUAUUUGAAUGUAUCCGUACGGUGGA